UCUUAAUUAAGUUAUAGAAAAAAUUGGUAAAAUUCCUGAUCUACCCUCCCCACCCCAAAUAAGCAUUUAAGGCCUUGAGUUGUUCAUUCUGUUUCUUUUUUUUCCUUAAAACAUCUGAAUCUUUCAGCUUACACUAUCUCUUGGUUUUACUUUUCUGUCAUGGCUGCCUUUUUUCUACUUCUUCAAUGAUUUCCUUUCCCAUAGCUUUCUUUCACCAGUCUACUCCUAUUUAUAUCCAUUCAACCUUGAAAAACAGAUAAAGCAAGCUAUUUGACGAAAAACCCAUAUGAAAUCUUUGCUUAGAAAGUGAUUUUUCGUCAAAAGUUUUCAAGGGUUUUAGAAGAUGGAGAAGCUCUGUGAUCCUGCUCAAGAAGAUGAUCAAAUGGAUAUGCCUCCAGGAUUCCGAUUUCAUCCUACAGAUGAAGAACUCAUCACUCAUUACCUCUCUAACAAAGUUCUCGAUAGCACCUUCUUUGCUAAAGCAAUCGGAGAAGUCGACAUGAACAGAAUUGAGCCAUGGGAGUUACCUACGAUGGCGAAAAUGGGCGAAAAGGAGUGGUACUUUUUCUGUUUUAGGGAUAAGAAGUACCCCACCGGAUUACGAACAAACAGAGCAACCGCCGCCGGUUACUGGAAAGCCACCGGAAAAGAUAAGGAGAUUUACAGAGGAAGAUUGCUCGUCGGAAUGAAGAAGACUUUGGUUUUCUACAUGGGAAGAGCUCCAAAAGGGGAAAAAACAAAUUGGGUGAUUCAUGAAUAUAGAUUAGAGGGAAAAUUCAGUCUGCAAAAUUUGCCAAAAGCAGCCAAGAAUGAAUGGGUUAUAUGUCGUGUUUUUCAUAAGACUUCAGGCGGGAAGAAAAUCCCCAUUUCUGGGCUGAUGCGGAUGGAUUCCGGCGGUGUUACCAGGUCGCUGCCACCAUUGAUGGACUCUCCGGUGGCGUUUGGUGGAAGGAACAUCAAUCCAUGUAUAUCCGAUUCACUACACGUACCCUGCUUCUCCAAUCAAGUCGAUAUUCAAACAACCCAGAAAACCAUGAUUAAUAGUUUCAUCAACACUUCAAUUUUUCCAUUCGAUUCCAGUUCCAUUCCAUUACUCGAAGGCCAAUCUGAUCCUCUUAUGCACCAAUUCCCUUCUGUUACUUCAUUUCCAGUUCAUGAUCAGGCGAUAUUGAGGGGUUUAAUCGAGACCUACAGUCAUGGAUUGAAGAUAGAAAGAGAUAUAUUUACAGGAUCACAGGAAACAGGGGUGAGCUUCGGGAAGAACAUCUCGAAUCUUGAGAAGGGUAAUAUUGGAAUUGAAGAUCAAGAAACCCCAUCAACUUCAGUUGGACCAAUUGAUUUGGAUGGUUUCUGGAAUUAUUGAAAUCAAUAAUUGGGAACAAGAAUUUAAUUAUGAUGAUUGCUUUGUGAUGUUGAAAUCUUGAAACAGGGUGAUCUUGAGUUGAGACAGUGUUUAUACAUGAUGAAGAUUUGACGAAAAAUGAAGAAAUAAGACAAGUAUUACUUAUUUUUGUGAUUGAUUAUGAGGCAGU